CCUCUCGCCACCGCCCCCCUUCACUGCACAGGCGCAUUAACUUUCACAAGGCCGCCAUUUUGUGCGGAGCCUACUCUGCAAAAGCGGGAGAGGAUUAAAACUGACGGAGGAGAAGGGCGCAAUUCUCAGCCAUCUCGGUCUGAUUGAGGAACAUACUCUGGGCUUUCUGUCGAAUUCAGCGAGGAAUUAAACGACGAAGAGCAGGUAAAGUAACAGUACUUUCCAGAAAAGGGGGCAGUUUUGCAGGAGCUUUAAUCGGCCUCUAGGUGUCACGAUGGGGCUCCGGGUCCAGGCGGCAGACGGGGGGUGUUUGUCUCCCUCUAUCGUUAUCGAAAAUUUAGCAAAAAAAACAUUUAUAACCCAGAAGUUCAACGAAAUGUCGCAAUAACGAGUAUUUUUAGAGCUAUAAUAGUUUGCACUUAGGCAAGGAUCGAUCAUUAAAUACUUCAACGUGUUGGUUUAGUGUUUAGGCCAGGCGUCCAUUUUAUUUUUCUUCUUUGUGUCCUGUCUUUUUACCCUGUGUCAAGAUAGAAACUCGCGGCUGCGUAUGAAGUCAGCGCGCGCCAGAUUGUAGCUCAGAACACGGAAUUUACUAAAUCGCACAUGCAUAAUCUAACUAGUUAGCUAUGUAACCAUAGAUUGUUAGACACCUAUCUACAUAACUUUGGUUUCCACGCCACUAACUAGUUUUGUUAGCUAGUAAAGCCAUCAAUCGAAAUUAGCUAUAAUUUACAAAAACUGUUUACUAUCAAUAUUGCCCCACCCUGUUAACGGCCUUGGCAAAAGCUAACGUUAGUAAACCACUUCCAUUAAUCAAACUAACUUUCUAAUGAUCUAGUUAGCUGUUAGUUUUAAAAUGACCACAUUAACUAUUACUUCUUGCGUUAGCUAACUAGCAUUUUAUAACGGUAAGGUCCUAGAUGCAAAGACUAUUCACAAUUUAGCAGACGCUAUUUAGCUAACGUUAGCAAUAUACAAGUUAGCUGGCUUGGCUUGUUGCGCAGACCGAAUUCAAACAAGGAAGAUGCAUAACAUUAAUGACCCCGAUAGUCAUUUUCACGAGCGUUUCCACUAGUACGACGUCUCCCUCCGGCCUCAAAUUAAUGCGACUGUUAUCUAAAAAAGAAUCAUCUAAAUGCCUCUGCUGCCAGCUCACUGCAGUUCGUCUUCCAUCCAGUGUCCGCUGUCUGAUUCAAAGUCUACAUUGAGCGACAACGGCACUAACGUUAACUAGCUAGAAUGGAUAAAAACAGGGUAGAGCUCCCUCUACAACCCGGCUGGUAGCGGUACAAAAACAUGACUGCCUAUAUGACUUCAUUUCUAAUAUCAAAACGCUGUCCAUGUUCACUGUGAAUGAAUGUCACAUCAUACUUGUAGGUUGUUUUUGAUAAUACCAGGUCAGCCACAUUUGCUAGACUGGCUUAACUAGUUAUGAAUGUGUCUCUGUGCAUUCAAUACAUGCAGUAGGUUUAUGUAGAUGUUAAACUUGUUUGUCUUCCCCACAGGUUGAGUGUCAGGUAACAGUCAGGAGAGUUGAGUCAGAAAUUGAGGAAGCCAAGCAGAUCUAGAAAGAUGGAAGUAUUCCUUUCUAGUGCAGGUAACAAUUUAGGAAGCUAAGGAAGUUGCAUCAUGUUUGAGAUCUUGCCUGAACUGAACACAGUAUGCCAUUUUCAGUCUGUUAGCCCUAGCUAGAUUGGUCAUAUGUCCUGGUACACUUUCAACAUUUAUUAAUAAAUGGUUAUGCGUUAAGAUUACAUUUUUAGAUUGUGUGCUGAUUGGUUUUGGGAUGAUUCUCUCAGGUAUUACCGAUGGACGGAGGACCAACUGACGUUGUGGUUGUGGCCAAGGACUGCAUCACCUAUGAGGGGGAUGAGGUGGUGGCAGACCUGCUCCAGCAAGCAGCAGAGGGGGUAAUGGACCAGCAGCCAGAGGGAGUGGCUGGUCUGGAUCCCCAGCAGCUGGUGGAGGAAGUCAAUGUGGAGAUGAUGGUAAUGGACUCCCUGGACCCGGCCUUGCUGCAGAUGAAGACUGAGGUGAUAGACGCCCCUGUGGCUACAGCCCACGAGGGCACGGUCACCACGGUGGAUGAGACCCAGAUCAUCACUCUGCAGGUUGUCAACAUGGAUGAGCAGCAGCUGGGAGGCCUCGGGGAGCUACAGCUGGUCCAGGUCCCUGUCUCUGCUGUCCCUGUCACCCAGGCCACUGUAGAGGCACUACAGGGCACCUUCGUAGACACCACGGCCAUGCCCAAAGAUGGAAAUCCUGUGAUCUGCCACACCCUGCCCCUGCCAGAGGGCUUCCAGGUAAGAGAGACUGCACUUCAUGGCUACAUAUUACAUCAUUCAGAACUAAUGGGAGCAUCUUUCCCCAUGGGUGUACAACAGCAUUUUGUACCACUGGUGCAUAUCUAAAUGUACUAGUUGUAGAGAAACUAAAAACACUACUGCUUCUUCAGGUGGUGAAGGUUGGUGCGAAUGGUGAGGUGGAAACAGUGGAGCAAGAUGAGCACCAGGAGGAGCAGCAGGUCCAGCCUGAGGAGGAGGAGCUGCACUGUGAGCACCAGCCUGAAGAUCCACAAUGGGCCAAGGACCCUGACUACCAGCCCCCAGCCAGGAAGACCACCAAGAAGGCAAAAAAGAGCAAGCUGCGCUACAACACAGAGGGGGACAAAGACAACAUGGACGUGUCCGUGUACGACUUUGAAGAGGAGCAGCAGGAAGGGAUGCUCUCCGAGGUCAACGCAGAGAAGGUGGUGGGCAACAUGAAACCCCCCAAACCCACCAAAAUUAAGAAGAAGGGUGAGAUUACCCCUUCUUUCUGUGUCCUUUGUUGAUGGUGAAUGUUGUAACUCAAGUUGUGGUGUUGAAUGCCUCUGCAAGUGCUGACUCAAGGCCUUUGUGUGCUCCAGGUGUGAAGAAAACAUUCCAGUGUGAGCUGUGUAGCUACACCUGUCCCCGCCGCUCCAACCUAGAUCGACACAUGAAGAGCCACACAGAUGAGAGGCCCCACAAGUGCCAUCUGUGUGGAAGGGCCUUCAGGACCGUUACCCUGCUGAGGAACCACCUCAACACACACACAGGUAUGGUGUCAUCAUAGUCACAUUGACAGACAAUCCUAUGUUAUGAGUCCUGUCCAUGUUACCAUGUUAGAUACCAUUAUAACUGUUUCUGUUUACAGGUACCAGACCACACAAGUGUCAAGAUUGUGACAUGGCCUUUGUGACCAGUGGAGAGCUGGUCCGUCAUCGUCGCUAUAAGCACACUCAUGAGAAACCCUUCAAGUGCUCCAUGUGUGACUAUGCCAGUGUGGAGGUGAGCAAGCUAAAGCGGCACAUCCGUUCCCACACUGGGGAGCGUCCGUUCCAGUGCAGUCUGUGCAGCUACGCCAGCAGAGACACCUACAAGCUGAAGAGACACAUGAGGACACACUCAGGUGACUGACCUGAUUGACACACUUGUGUAAACACAAUUAGUGACUGACCUGAUUGUUCAACUUGUGCACUCAUGUUUUCCUGCUUUGUUUUCCAGGAGAGAAGCCGUACGAGUGCUAUAUUUGCCAUGCCCGUUUCACCCAGAGUGGAACCAUGAAGAUGCACAUCCUGCAGAAGCACACAGAGAAUGUGGCCAAGUUCCACUGCCCCCACUGUGACACCGUUAUCGCCCGAAAGAGUGACCUGGGUUAGAUACAUUUACGUCAUUUAGCAGAUGCUCUUAUCCAGAGCGACUUACAUUUUUAUUUUUUCAUACUGGUCCCCCGUGGGAAUCGAACCCACAACCCUGGCGUUGCAAACCAACUGAGCUACAUCCCUACCCUGGACGACGCUGGGCCAAUUGUGCGCCGCCCCAUGGGUCUCCCGGUCGCGGCCGGCUACGACAGAGCCUGGAUUCGAACCAGGAUCUCUAGUGGCACAGCUAGCACUGUGAUUCAAUGCCUUAGACCACUGCGCCACUCGGGAGAGUGACUAGAUACCUAGUCGUUGACUUUUGGCCUGAUUAUCCCAGUAUGAUGACAGCAUACCGUAAACUUCAUUGUGACUAGGGCUGUUGCGGUGACCGUAUUACCCCCACACCGGCGGCCACAAGUCAUGAAGGCAGUCAAAUUCCACGUGACCGGUUAGUCACGGUAAUUAGGCUUCUCCAAGCUCUGAUGCUGCUGAUGGUCAUUAGUAGCCUACCAAACUUGCGAACUGCAUGGUACUCAGCACUCUAUUGUCCCUCUAAUCAUUCUGACAUCAAUGCGAAUGUGUUUGAAAAUCUAAUCAAACACUUCAUGAGAGCCCAUAAGCUCAUGUUGCGCAACAUUUCUAUAGGCUAUGCAAUUGCGUGAGAACAGAGUGAUGGGCUCUACUAAAAAGAGGAGGAUCCCAUCAGCUUUCUAUAGGCAUACUAUAUUUAUUUCUCAACUUUCCUAAUAUUAAGCACAUUGCUUAUAUUUACAACAUGAGUGUAGCCUAGCUGGCUGGCAUGAAAAUUAACUACGGGGAAAGCGUCCUCCAUUUGCUAUUUAAGUGCAUAGAUGACAUGUUUCGAUUUAGGUGCAUGAUAAUGGUCCAUUAUAAAUCAAAACAAAUUUCACACAUAUUAUUUAGUAUAUGUAAAGACUAUUAAAUCAAGAAUAGUCUGAUGGGUGACAAUAUUAGCCAAUCACUUGUGAAUUAUAUAUCAUCACUUGUGAAUGAUGCCCAGCAUAAGAAACAAUACCUUUUUUUUGUGACUUUUUCGAAUCAUAGUCGCACACCUCAUGUAGCAUAGCCCAUAGGCCUAUAUCUUUUGAUAAGGUUUGUAUCACAACUAAAGUGGCCAAAUAACUUCUUAAAAUUAAGCGCAUUAAUCCUCUUUACAAGGGGUGUAGAGCCUAACUGGCAUACAUAAGCAGCCCGUGAGUUUCAAGUUUGGGGAAGAUCAUUUUCACCAAAAAAAUGCACCUUUAUAAUAAAAGCAUUACAUGCAUAAUUGCAUUUGCGGUCACUUUUGAGAAUGGUGUUUUCCAGCUAAUAUAACAUUUGCGCUUAUAGCCUACUGCUAUGUGCGCAUUGCUGUGCUUAUAAUGUGAAGAAAUAGCCUAAUAGUUUAUCAACAUUUUAAACUAAACAUUCUGAUCUGUUGCGUCAGCCACAUUGCAUUUUUUUUUAUGCUGGUGGUUGUAUUAAUUUGGGAUCUAUCGUAUCCCACAACUGUCCCAGACUGUUUGGAAUAUUUAUUUCUCUAAUAGAAUAUGUCAACUUUUGUACUAUGGGGAUGGUAGAUUGACAUAGGCUAGUGCUUUUGCUGUUCGUUAGGCCUACUCAUCUUGUUUGCUGACCAAAAGUAAAUGUGGACAGUUCUUCCAAUAUCUACUUGCCGCAAAAGGCAUGGAUUUUUUUAGGGUGCAUUACGGCCACAAAGGGAACGCCGCCGUGAAAUUCGAGGCAUUAUCAAGUGCUUGUCAAAUUGUGAAUGAGAGACUAAUGAAGUGUGUACAGCCUGCGCAAAAAACAAAGCAGAGCUCAGCCUUUCAAGCGACUUUUUUCAAAUCAUCAUUAGUCGCAUCGUGUAGCCUUACACUGUAUUAAAAAUCAAAACAUAUAGCUCAACGUUUGUAGAACAACUAAAGUUACAUUAAUAACUCUAAAUUAAGCAUAUAGGACUACCUAUUUCUUUGUUAACUGCGCAACACAGAAUAGCCGCAUGUGCGCACUCCCUCAAAUCGUUUGGAGAAAAUAUUUAUAUUUUAUUCAGCUUUGUUCAAUUGUAUUCUUCAUACUAUAAAAUAAUGCCACAGAAUUCUAAGAAAAUCUUGUCUGCUAAAUGAACUAGUGUAGCCAACAGCCAUUUGGCAUAGCCAGAUCAGGACCUAACAUAAGGACAACUCAGAGUAUGCUAUUCUGUUCUUCUGAAAUAGACUACAUUUUCUUCAUAUCAUGCUUCUUUAGACCGGUCUAAAAUAAAUAAUGCAUUUAUUGUGAAGGUGUAGGCUAUAUUACAUUAAUUUAUUAUACUUUUUAAAAUGUAGAUGUUCCAAAGGUCUGUGUCAGUGGCUUGUAGGCUAUGUGUGGAAGCCAGGAGAUUCUAAAUGUGUUUAUGUUAAUUAACAGAAAAUUCCAGUGAGACCGACAGUUAUUUGCUUGACAAUCACCGGCUGAUGAAAGUUUGUGACCGCCACAGCCCUAAUUGUGACUGAACUUGUUUAUAUAGAUGACAUCUCUCUCAAUAAGCUGGUUUUACCCCUUCCUCCAGGCGUCCAUCUGCGUAAACAGCACUCGUUCAUUGAGCAGGGCAGGAAAUGUCGUUACUGUGAUGCUGUGUUCCACGAGCGCUACGCACUCAUCCAGCACCAGAAGUCCCACAAGAACGAGAAACGCUUCAAGUGUGACCAGUGUGAUUACUGCUGCAGACAGGUGAGGUCCUGCUGUCUCUAACCUGGGAUGAUAGAUAAUCUAGACAGGAGUAAAUGUUAGGGGUGUGAACGUUUAAACCAGGGGUCGGAACCAGUUCAGGGAACAGAACCAAAAAUGAUUACAUUUUUCUAGGAACAUAACCAUUAUUUUAAAAGCAUGGGAACCGGUUAAUAACCUUUUACGUUCCGGGCAUUUUUUCCAGUCUCACAAAAAAACUAAACAAAGCACCUAUGCAAAGCCCUCCUGUCAAUCAGAAACUUCUUCCAGUGUCUGCCUGCCAUCUGAAAAUCUUUGCUUGUGUGUGCGCGUGUAGGCUUCCUGCCUCUCCCCCCUACGACGCUGUAGCCUAGCCUCUGACGUAAAAAGCGUAAUUCAAAUGAUUGGGAGAGAUUUUUAAUUGGAGAAGAAAGGAUUAACUUUUUUAAUGCUAGUUAGUGAUAAUAUAGUUAUCACAUUUCACAUUGGAUUUAUUAACAACAAAAAGGUAAGACAUUUUUUAAAUUCUGCUGCCGCUCUGCAAACACAAGCUUGUUAGCUAGCUAGCUUCUCUGGUCCAACGUUAAGUCAACUCUGAAGUUCAGACAUGAAAUGUUCCUCCAUUGAAGCUGCUCCUCCUUAGGUAUAAUUCUGCGUGCCUAAUUCAGAUAAUGCAUGUCAUCACAAGAUGCCCAGCGCUUCAAGCCAAGCCCUCUUUCCCCAUCUGCAAAUUUUAGUUGCAUCUUGCGCCAUGUCUUUCCAUCACGCAUGUAAACAACUCACUGAACUAUAGCUUGCCCGCCACAUAGCAAGCAGCUCUAUCCGCACUGCAUGAUUGGUGAAGUAAUUUAAUGUCGAGCUAAAUGUACAAAUAUAUGAUUUCAGAGGUUUAAAAGGAACAGAAAUAAAUUAUAUAAACCAGUAAUUUUUUGUUAUUGUAACCAGUUCAGAACUUUAUUUUACAGGUCAGAACAGUGGAACGAAAUGAAAAAAAAGAAUGGUUCUGUUUAGAACAAAACGAUUGGAAAAUAAUUUUGGUUCCAACCCCUGGUUUAAACUUUAAAACUUUAAAAAAUGAAAUGUACAAUGGGGAAAAAAUGUAUUUAGUCAGCCACCAAUUGUGCAAGUUCUCCCACUUAAAAAGAUGAGAGGCCUGUAAUUUUCAUCAUAGGUACACGUCAAAUAUGACAGACAAAUUGAGGGGAAAAAAUCCAGAAAAUCACAUUGUAGGAUUUUUAAUGAAUUUAUUUGCAAAUUAUGGUGGAAAAUAAGUAUUUGGUCACCUACAAACAAGCAAGAUUUCUGGCUCUCACAGAACUGUAACUUCUUCUUUAAGAGGCUCCUCUGUCCUCCACUCGUUACCUGUAUUAAUGGCACCUGUUUGAACUUGUUAUCAGUAUAAAAGACACCUGUCCACAACCUCAAACAGUCACACUCCAAACUCCACUAUGGCCAAGACCAAAGAGCUGUCAAAGGACACCAGAAACAAAAUUGUAGACCUGCACCAGGCUGGGAAGACUGAAUCUGCAAUAGGUAAGCAGCUUGGUUUGAAGAAAUCAACUGUGGGAGCAAUUAUUAGGAAAUGGAAGACAUACAAGACCACUAAUAAUCUCCCUCGAUCUGGGGCUCCACGCAAGAUCUCACCCCGUGGGGUCAAAAUGAUCACAAGAACGGUGAGCAAAAAUCCCAGAACCACACGGGGGGACCUAGUGAAUGACCUGCAGAGAGCUGGGACCAAAGUAACAAAGCCUACCAUCAGUAACACACUACGCCGCCAGGGACUCAAAUCCUGCAGUGCCAGACGUGUCCCCCUGCUUAAGCCAGUACAUGUCCAGGCCCGUCUGAAGUUUGCUAAAGUGCAUUUGGAUGAUCCAGAAGAGGAUUGGGAGAAUGUCAUAUGGUCAGAUGAAACCAAAAUAUACCUUUUUGGUAAAAACUCAACUCGUCGUGUUUGGAGGACAAAGAAUGCUGAGUUGCAUCCAAAGAACAGCAUACCUACUGUGAAGCAUGGGGGUGGAAACAUCAUGCUUUGGGGCUGUUUUUCUGCAAAGGGACCAGGACGACUGAUCCGUGUAAAGGAAAGAAUGAAUGGGGCCAUGUAUCGUGAGAUUUUGAGUGAAAACCUCCUUCCAUCAGCAAGGGCAUUGAAGAUGAAACGUGGCUGGGUCUUUCAGCAUGACAAUGAUCCCAAACACACCGCCCGGGCAACGAAGGAGUGGCUUCGUAAGAAGCAUUUCAAGGUCCUGGAGUGGCCUAGCCAGUCUCCAGAUCUCAACCCCAUAGAAAAUCUUUGGAGGGAGUUGAAAGUCCGUGUUGCCCAGCGACAGCCCCAAAACAUCACUGCUCUAGAGGAGAUCUGCAUGGAGGAAUGGGCCAAAAUACCAGCAACAGUGUGUGAAAACCUUGUGAAGACUUACAGAAAACGUUUGACCUGUGUCAUUGCCAACAAAGGGUAUAUAACAAAGUAUUGAGAAACUUUUGUUAUUGACCAAAUACUUAUUUUCCACCAUAAUUUGCAAAUAAAUUCAUUAAAAAUCCUACAAUGUGAUUUUCUGGAGAAAAAAAAUUCUCAAUUUGUCUGUCAUAGUUGACGUGUACCUAUGAUGAAAAUUACAGGCCUCUCUCAUCUUUUUAAGUGGGAGAACUUGCACAAUUGGUGGCUGACUAAAUACUUUUUAUCCCCACUGUAAUUGUUAAUAUUAAUAAAACAACAUGUUUUUCCCCCCACAAAAUUAAUAUCACAGUGCCGUUAUCACAAAGCUACCACUAACAGGUCCCGAUCAUCAUAAAGGGGAAAACAUUUACAAAAGGCCUACCUAACGCAACAAUGCAUUAGUGGUUUGUUACAGAAUUGUAAUGCAUGUAGGGCCUCCCGAGUGGCGCAGCGGUCUAAGGCACUGCAUCGCAGUGUUGAGGCGUCACAACUGCCUGGGGUUCGGCACACAAUUGGCCCAGCGUCGUCCGAGUUAGGAGAGGGUUUGGCCGGGAGCUUUCCUUAGCUCAUCGCGCUCUAGAGAGUCCUUGUGGGGGGCCGGGCGCCUGCAAGCUGACUUUAGUCGUCAGUUGAAUGGUGUUUCCUCCGACACAAUGGUGCGGCUGGAUUCCGGGUUAAGCCAGCAAGUGUUAAGAAGCAGCGCGGCUUGGCGGGUCAUGUUUCGGGGGACGCAUGACCUUCGCAUCUCCCGAGUCCGUUGGGGAGUUGCAGCGAUGAGACAAGAUUGUAACUACCAAUUGGAUAUCACGAAAUUGGGGAGAAAAAGGGGGUCAAAUUACAAAAAAUGCAUGUUUCUAAUAAUUUGCUGUGGAUACAAAGCACUCUGCACUUCGUCGCUAACAGUUGGGGGAAAAAGCGCGGAUUACAGAAAUUAUUCCCCCUGACUGAAAUUGAAAAAGCAUGACCGUCCCCCAUUUUCCUUCAGGUAACAGUUGUGUAAAUUUCAACCGCUUACCUUCCUGCCGAUGACCUUGAUUGGAUAUUCACUGACAAAGGAGCACCAACUCCAUAGCCCAGCAUCCUACACUGCACAUUAACUAGGGAUGUGACAAAUGGAUGUUUUUUUAUGUUUAAACUGCCAUUUAAAUUUUAUUUAAUGUAAUACAAUUCCAUGUGAAAUCCUAUUGAGUGGUAUGACCGCUAGGGGGCAAUGAAGUUCUACCGCAAUCAUAAAGUUGGCUUAGGCAUCUGGAAUCUGUUUUGUGGCUGCCUGAAAAGGCAGGUGACAUUUUGUCCCGAAGACGACCGUUAAUUCAAAUUGACUCUAGUGUUCCUUCCAUUUGUUAUGUGCAUUAGCGAUUCUAGCCAAGUGAUCACAGUUCUUCUCCCUGCGUUGGCUUUUCCCUGCAUUAGGCCUACCUGUCUCUCACAAUAUACAACCCCCCCCCCCCCCUAAACCUAGGCAGGUUCUGGACUGAAAUAUGCAACAAAAACAUUGUUUUGAUGAAGGCAGAUGGUGUAUUCAUUAGUCUAGUGGCCUACUUUGUUUAAUGUUUAACAAAAGCCUGCCCACCGUUUAAGCUCACAAAUCAAACACGGGGCAAAAAACGUGCCAAAUAAGGGUAUCUAAUAGUAAAAAAUUGGAAGAAUUUUAACUUUCUAAUGCUGUUAAUAGGGCUUUGAUGAUAACAGUAUCGUGAUAAUUUUUCCAUGUCAAAAGUGAAAACACGAAGCAAACAUACUCUUUGGUCCUUUAAAAACCUGCUUUAUGUAACAUAGUUUGGAAAAUGGGCGAGUGUGUGAUCAAAAUACACCAUAUGAGUAGCCUGCGAAUGUACCUUUCAGGACCUUGUAAACUGUUGACAAUAGACAAAUAGACUGACUGCAUCACUUUUUGUUUUAAAAUAAAAAGCAUUCAUGUUUAAAAUUCAAAAUUGUUUGCACAGUCAACUGACACACAGCACUGACAGCUACAAAAUCUAUAGGAGAUACAUUUGUUUUUAUACUAGGCCUAAUAGGCUUUUCAUGGAGAGAAGCAGGCUUGCUGAAUGUAAAAUUAAAUGUCGGGGAAAGAUGCAGCGAGAGUGCAUCACUGGCCAGUGAUGAUAACAUUGUUGCACUGAUGUAUUAAAUGGUUGCACAGGACAGACAUUGAGCAGUGGAAAAAGAAAAUCCAAACGAAUUGACAUCCGUUAGAAAAAUGGAAAUCACUUGCAAACCACUUGAGCAAUGAGGCAAGCAAUGACAUGAUGUAAAAGAUGCGCAGGCUAAAAAGCGUUUGUUGUUGAAAAUCUACAUUUUAUUUAAAUAUUCGUUUCUAUAUAUUUUUUAUUUAUUAGACUACAUGUAGCCUACAUUUGAAGUAUUGUUUUCAGUUGUCACACUAACCAGGUUUUCAUCCAACCUUUUUAUGAGAGUAAAGUACAUUUCGCAGAUAACAAAUGUAAUGACAGGCCUGAUAAAAGUGGGGAAAAAUCGGUAAACUUUCCAAAUUUCGACAAAACAAAAUACGCUAGAGAAGGUGGGAUCUUUUUGUGUUGGUAAAAUGAAUUAUGCGAGAAAUGUCAGUGGAAACGCUUUUAUGCGCAAAUAUUGAUAUAACAACCAUCAAAUCGAAGUAAACAUGGAGUCACGCGAUGACAUGUUGUGUGGUCCACAUUACGACUCGUCAGGAAAGCAUGCAGUUUAUUAUUAGGCUACAAAUUUAAAUGUAAAGUUAUUAUGAACUUCACAGGGUGUUGAAAGUGCAAGGUGAUGAGCUUGAUGCUCCUUUCCAGUAAGUAUCGAGGGUUUUAUUCUGGUGACGUGAUCAUCGAUGCUUGGCUGCCGUUUGACAAAUACAAAUAAUCUCGCUCUUUUGUCCAUAAUAAUCUCAUGUAGGCUAUACGUGCGCUCUAGCCAACAGCGUGCAGAUACAGUACUGUAUUUGUGCACGUGACAAUACCAGAGCGGGCACACACCCUGAAGCACUGAAUGGUCUGUUUUACCACCUUAAUAAUAGGCGUGCAGUAGGGUAUACAAGGUGCAGUACGAUGCUUUGAUCAGUUGAUUGACCUUCGUAGGCUACUGUAGAACUAACUUUCCUCUAGUGUGGAUGCUCACCAACGGUUUAUAGUUAAAGUACCAGUAAAAAGUUUGGACACCUACUCAUUCAAGGGUUUUUCUUAAUUUUACUCUUUUCUACAUUGUAGAAUAAUAGUGAAGACAUCAAAACACUGAAAUAAUACAAAUGGAAUCAUGUAGUAACCAAAAAAGUAUUAAACAAAUCAAAAUAUAUUUUGGGAUUCUUCAAAGUAGCCACCCUUUGCCUUGACAGCUUUGCACACUCUUAUUCUACAAUGUAGAAAAGAGUAAAAAAAAUAAAGAAAAACCCUUGAAUGAGUAGGUGUGUCCAAACUUUUGACUGGUACUGUAUGUAUAAUUUAUAGUUAUCGUCCUUUGUGUGGAUGGCCCUUAACGCUUAAAUUGGCAAAUGCCGCCCUCUAGCGGAUAACAUGAAUAUGGUAUGAAUACAGCAGUGGUUCUCAACCAGGAAUUGAUAGCAACAUUGAUAGCUGAGUAAAAAGGGAUUUAAUAUUCCCUGCUAUUUUGGUUUUAAUGAGAAUUUUGGAGGGGUAAGCUUACAUUUUUUAGUUUUUUUUCACAUGCUCUGGGAGGGCCAGGUAAAUAUAUAUUUUCCUUAGGGGGAGGGCCAUCCAUUUUCAUUUAAAAGAGGUGUGAUUACCUCCAGGUGUCCCUCCAAUAUAAAUAACAGUCACUCCCUUAUGGAUACUGGCUCUAUGCUGAUUGUAUCUACCCUUUGAACAGUUUUGAGAUGGAGUUGGUAAAAUUCCCCUAAGUUUUCUGUCCUUAUGUAUUUCUUGCUGUCCUUGCAUUGACUAGGAGCGCCACAUGCUGAUGCACAGGCGCACGCACACAGGAGAGAAGCCUUACGCCUGUAGCCAAUGUGAGAAGACCUUCCGUCAGAAGCAGCUCCUGGACAUGCACUUUCGGCGCUACCAUGACCCCAACUUUGUGCCCACCGCCUUUGUGUGCACCAAGUGUGGCAAGGCCUUCACUCGCAGGGUAUGGACGCUUACUCAAACACAAAUUAAUUGAGUGGAAAAAUACACCCAUGUUUUGGGCAUAGCCCUUCAUUUUAUCCUUUGGGAAAAAAUAAAAAUAAUUAUCUCCUCAGAACACCAUGGCCAGACAUGCAGAGAACUGUAACGGGGAUCCUAGUGAAGGAGAAAACGGAUCCCCACCGAAGAGAGGACGAGGUGGGAGGAAGAGGAAGAUGCGCUCAAGGAAGGACGAUGAUGAUGACGACGACAGUGGUGAGAGACCCUUUCUUAUACCGAAACAUAUCUAAUUGUAGUGUCCUAUAAACUAUUGCUCUUAGGAUGUAAUGAGAUCAGUGUUAGACUCUUUUUAAAUCUUCCCACCUCCAGAGGACAAUGCUGAUCCUGAGCUGGAUGACAUUGAUGAAGAGGAUGAGGAGGCCGAGGCGGCACUGCUGGAGGAAGAGGAAGAGGAGGAGGAGAUGGAGUUAGAGCAGGCUCCACCCACCAAACCUAUUCCCGCCCCUGUAGAGCCACCUGUCAAGAGGAAACGCGGCAGACCCCCCAAGAACGCCCCCAAACCCUCCCCGCCCGCCAAAGCCAGCAAGGCUGCCCCCAAAGUCAAGGCUGCUGCAGGUGAGAUAAGUCUCCCUGAUCCUAUAUCAUGCAAUGUUUAAAUCAGGAAUGGCAACUUUUGAUGGGGGUAGGGGUCACAAAAAAUCUGAACUCAUCAUGAGGGGCCGCAGUGGCUCGCAGGUCUGCGUACCCACAUCCAUACCCACACAUGCAGUCAGAGCUGGCCCUAGCCUUUUGCGGGGGCCCGUAGUAAAACUUUGUUGCAAGCAAAAAAAAUAUGUCCGCUUUAGGUAAUUUCCUGCAAUUCUACUAAUUUUUAAUGUGAUCUGAGUGAGCGUGACUAACAAAAUCAAUCUGGGGCCCCCCGGUCGAUAAUUUGACCAUGUUUACUACAAGAUUACUACCAAUCUUAAACAUUUUAGCUGACAUGGGCUAAUUCAGUGACACAGUGACUGACAUCACAAGAGAGAAACUGCUGAUGCACGACAACAUUUUGAAAUUUCACCUUGUGUAUUCUACUGUUCUAACUCAACAUUAAGUUGAGACCCUGACUGAGUUCCUAAAAUUGUAUAUAUACACACACAGUGACUUCGGAAAGUAUUCAGACCCCUUGACUUUUUCCACAUUUGUUACGUUACAGCCUUACAGCCUUAUUCUAAAAUUGAUAAAAAUAAAAGAAAGUUUCCUCAUCAAUCAUCACACAAUAGCCCAUAAUGACAAAGCAAAAUUGAUUUUAGAAAUUUUUGCAAAUGUAUUAACAAUAAACUGAUAUCACAUUUACAUAAAUAUUCAGACCCUUUACUCAGUACUUUGUUGAAGCACCUUUGGCAGCGAUUACAGCAUCAAGUCUUCUUUGGUAUGACACUACAAGCUUGGCACACCUGUAUUUGGGGAGUUUCUUCCAUUCUUCUCUGCAGAUCCUCUCAAGCUCUGUCAGGUUGGAUGGGGAGCGUCGCUGCACAGCUAUUUUCAGUCCAGAGCUGUUUGAUCGGGUUCAAGUCUGGGCUGUGGCUGGGUCACUCGAGGACAUUCAGAGGCUUGUCCCGAAGCACAGUCUGAGGUCCUGAGCGCUGUGGGGCAGGUUUUCAUCAAGGAUCUUUCUGUACUUUGCUCCAUUAAUCUUUGUCUCGAUCCUGACUAGUCUCCCAGUCCCUGCCGCUGAAAAACAUCCCCACAGCAUGAUGCUGCCACCACCAUGCUUCACUGUAGGGAUGGUGCCACGUUUCCUCCAGACGGGACGCUUGGCAUUCAGGCCAAAGAGUUAAAUCUUGGUUUCAUCAGACCAGAGAAUCUUGUUACUCAUGGUCUGAGAGUCUUUAGGUGCCUUUUGGCAAACCCCAAGCAGCUGUCAUGUGCCUUUUACUGAGGAUUGGCUUCCGUCUGGCCACUCUACCGUAAAGGCCUGAUUGGUGGAGUGCUGCAGAGAUGGCUGUCCUUCUGGAAGGUUCUCCCAUCUCCACAGAGGAACUCUAGAGGCCACUGUGUUCUUGGGGACCUUCAAUGCUGCAGACAUUUUUUCGUACCUUCCCCAGAUCCGUGCCUCGACACAAUCCUGUCUCGGAGCUCUACAGACAAUUCCUUCGACCUCAUGGCUUGGUUUUUGCUCUGACAUGCACUGUCAACUGUGGGACCUUAUAUAGACAGGUGUGUGCCUUUCCAAAUCAUGUCCAAUCAAUUGAAUUGACCACAGGUGGACUCCAAUCAAGUUGUAGAAACAUCUCAAGGAUGAUCAAUGGAAACAGGAUGCACCUGAGCUCAAUUUCAAGUCUCAUAGAAAAGGGUCUGAAUACUUAUGUAAAUAAGGUAUUUGUGUGUUUUUAUAAAUUUGCAAACAUUUCUAAAACCUGUUUUCGCUUUAUCAUUAUGGGGUAUUGUGUGUAGAUUUCUGAGGAUUUGUAUUGAUUUAAUCCAUUUUAGAAUAAGGCUGUAAUGUAACAGUGGAAAAAUUCAAGGAGUCUGAACACUUUCCGGAAGGCACUGUAUAUAUGUGUGUGUGUGUGUGUGUGUGUGUGUGUGUGUGUGUGUGUGUGUGCUGAGUGUACAAAACAUUAAGGACACCUGCUCUUUCCAUGACAUAGACUGACUAGGUGAAUCCAGGUGAAAGCUAUGAUCCCUUAUUGAUGCCACUUGUUAAGUCCACUUCAAUCAGUGUAAAUGAAGGGGAGGAGAUGGGUUAAAGAAGGAUUUUUAAGCCUUGAAACAAUUGAGACAUGGAUUGUGUAUGUGUGCCAUUCAGAGGGUAAAUGGGCAAGACAAAAGAUUUAAGUGCCUUUGAACGGGGUAUGGUAGUAGGUGCCAGGCGCACCGGUUUGAGUGUGUCAAGAACUGCAACGCUGCUGGGUUUUUCACGCUCAGCAAUUUCCAGUGUGUAUCAAGAAUGGUCCACCACCCAAAGGACAUCCAGCCAACAUGACACAACUGUGGGAAGUAUUGGAGUCAUGAUGGGCCAUCAUCCCUGUGGAACAUUUUCGACACUUUGUAGAGUCCAUGCCAUGACAAAUUGAGGCUGUUCUGAGGGCAAAAGGGGGUGCAACAUAAUAUUAGGAAGGUGUUCCUAGUAUUAGUUAAGAGCGUUGUGCCAGUAACGGAAAGGUCGCUGGUUCUAAUCCCCGAGCCGACUAGGUGAAAAAUCUGUCGAUGUGCCCAUGAGCAAGGCACUUAAUCCUAAUUGCUCCUGUAAGUCGCUCUGGAUAAGAGCGUCUGCUAAAAUGACUAAAAAUGUAAAAUAUUAGUUUUUUACAUUUUGGGAAAAUUGAUCCGCGGGCCUACAAAAGGGGGGUAGGCCGCUAGUUGCACAUCCCUGGUCUAAAUCAAUGCCCAGUUUAUGCUUUAAUUACCAUUUAAUGUCUAGUUAUAAUGCCUGGUGUUAUCUCUGUCUCCUCAGCAGCAGCCAUCAUCCAGGUGGAGGAUGAGAAUACCGGCGCCAUAGAGAACAUCAUAGUGAAGAAGGAGCCAGAGGCUGAACAGGCUGCCCCAGAGGUGGUGGUGGAGCAGCCAGAGGAGGCAGGGGUGGAGACGGUGGAGCUGCCUGUAGCAGAUGCUGCCCCCAAUGGAGACCUCACCCCUGAGAUGAUCCUCAGUAUGAUGGACCGGUGA